CGGAAAUGUGCCCUACUACGUCUAUAUUACGCAACCAUAAUACGUAUAUACAUACAUGUCAAGAACUCUCUACCAACCACACAUAUUAAUUUCGUCGUUGUUCUUCAUUUAGUUUGAGUAUCAAUUCAACUAUGGAACCAAAUUGUGAUUCGGUGUUCGCUCCUGCGAUUCCCACUGAUAUUCAUGGAGUCAAGAUCUUGAAACAACCUUCGGAUGCAAAGCUUGUUGAACUCGGGGUUGCUUCCUGGCCUAUCAGAUGGGAAAGCAUUCCAUGCAAAUUUCCAUGGACGUUUAAGAAGACAGAGACGAUGUACUUCUUGGAAGGGAAGGUGAAAGUAACUAUUGACAAGCAGCACAAAGAAGAAGAAGUAGCCUUAGAGUUAAUGGCAGGGGAUUUGGUUGUGAUUCCUAAAGGUAUGACAGUUGUUGUGGAUGUAACUGAAGCUGUGAAGAAACAUUAUUAUAGAGACUUAGUGAAAUCUGAAUCACCAUCGCAAGCAUAGUUUAAGUGAUUUGAACUCAUAUAUUUUCCAAUAUCUUCAUAAUCAAGGCUUAUAAAACUUAUAUAAGUGUGUUUGGGUGUAUUAUAUUUUGUAUAUCAUAUGUUUGUUGAAGAUAAUCAUGAAGCUUAACUUGGAGUACAAGUUAUAGUUA